AUGGAGGCCAUGGCCGUCCUGGACGAGCAGGACAGCUCGCGCCAGUCCGACACGUCGAAAAAGGAGUACCGGCGCUCUCUCUCGCUCGCGAGCAGCGCCGCGGCGCACAACGUGGACCCAGGGGCUGUCGCGAUCCACAUGGCUGGCCACCACGCCGGCGACCCGCACCGGCGCGGGAGCCACGGCAUUGUGCGCAUGCAGCCCCCGUCGUCGGCCUUGAGCGGAAUGCACAGCCCCGGCCACGGCGACCCGGCGACCCCGACCCACCGGACCGUCCGCAGCGGCUCGCACAGCAAUGCGAGCGGCGGUCCGUCCAUGCUGCUGCCGGCCGCCGCGGCGGCGACCCGCACGAAGCGGUCCUACUCGACGAGCACGCGCCCCGGGGAGAUGGUGCGCUUCGCGGGGGACUCGAGCCGCGCCACGGCGGAGCGGACAAGCGGUGGACAACGUAUGCAGGGACGCGACAGCUUCGCGGCUCACCGCGAGAGCGUCGGAUCGCUCACGGACCCGCGGAAGUCGCUGCAGGUGUUCCGGCGGAAGUCGCAGCUCAAGGAGGGCAUGCGCCUCGGCGGCGGCGAGGAGGCGCACACCAGCCAGCGUCCUUCGUUCAACGGGUCCACGCGGCGACACACGCUGACGACGGCGCUGGACGUCAGCAAGUGGGACGGCGACGAUGGGGACUUCCCGCUCCACGUCGACGGAGGCGCCGACCUGCCGCCCGUCACGGUCGCGUCGUGUCGCGGCGCACGCGCGCUAGGCAGACUGGUGCACGAGUCCUUGGUCUGGAGGGGCGUGGUCGGGAUCCUCGCGCUCGUCGCGAUGUUCCUGCGCCCGGCACUGCUCGCGGCCGACCGCGACGUCACCCCCGUGGACGCGGUCUACGCGGUCGCCGCGGCGCUCUUCCUGCUCGACGGCGUCAUCGCGCUCCUCUCGCAGCGUCGCCUCCGCGUCUUCAUGUUCCUCAUCUGCGACGCCGUUCCCGCCGCGUGCUGCAUCCUGUGCAUGGACGCCGUGUCGCGGCACAUCACGCACCCGUCCGACGCCGCGGUCAUCCUCGGCGGGCAAGACGACCACGUCCACGGCUUCCUGGUCAACGUCGCGGACCCCGCAAGCGACGCCGAGGCGUACGACCGCCGCAUCGCCUUCAUCCUCACGUCCUGCGGGGUCUGCAUCACCGCGAAAGUGGUGCCGCUGCUCCUGCGGCCGCUGCCGCGCGGGGGCUGCUUCGGCGCGGACGAGGACGACGACGAUGACGACGAGCCGAGCGCCAACGGCGUCGCGGAGCAGAUGACUGCCGCGGGCCAAUUCGGCACCGCGUUUGUCGCGAGCGCGCCGCUCGAGGCGGCGCGGCUGCGGAACGAGGUGCAGCGGUCGCUGCAGAGCGGUGCCGGGAGCACGAAGCGGCGGUGGUGGCACGUGAGCCGGCGGCGGAGCGGACGGGCUGGGAUGGCCUUGCGCAUGGCGACGGACGUGAUGGUGGCGAUGGCGUUCGCGCUCGUUGUGCUGGCGAUGGUGCUGCCACAAGUGGCGUUCCGCACGGCGGACGCGUCGGGCGCCGCGGCCGUCGCGAUGGCGUGGCCGUUGCUCGCCGUGGACAGCGCCGCCUUUGGCGGCGUGGCUGCGCGCGUGGCGGCCUCGAUGGGGGAGGACAAGGGCGCGACAUCGCAGGCCGUGGCGUUCGCGGAGGUGCGCGGUGGAGUGGUGACGGCGGUGACGUUCCGGCAGGCACCGCAGUGGCCCGGCGCGCGCGUGGUGUGGCACAGCAGGGGCCCGCCGGCCGCGGUGUUCGACGUGGGGGCCGCGGUGGGAGACGACAAGCUGGAGGACGUCGUGCUGAUCGCUGAGACGUCGGACGCGGUGCAGCGCGCCGCCGCCCUCACGCUCGUCGUCAAUGCAGUGACGGCGGUGGUCUUCGUUGUGUUGGCGGUGGUGCUGCGGGGCCUGUUCCUGGAAGAGCUCAGAAUGCUCCUCUCGCCCGUGCUCGGGCUCGCCAAGAGCUUGGCGCUGGCAGGCGGCCUCCAGGGCGAGGAGGGCGAGCUGACGGACAAGCGCGGCGGCUGCUUCGGCUCCAAGCAGCCCGCGAUCGAGGAGGCAAUCAUCCGCAUCCGCCGCCUGACGGAGCACGUGCUGGCGCUGACGAGCGCCGACGAGACCGCGGACACGAUAUUCUCCGAGGGCUCCCAGUGGGUCACCGCCAUGGGCGGCGUCUCGACCGUCCGCAGCUCGCACCUGAGCCACGGCAGCAGCUCCAACAUCGCGGGCUCGGGACACAAGCGCUCGAUGCCCUCCGAGGGCUCGGCGUCGGCGGCCGUGAGCGCGCUGCGCAUGCCGUCCUGGCGCCCGGCCGACCGCGACGCCUCCAGUCCGACCAGCCGCGAAUCGCUGGUCGACAAGAUGCGGCGCAUCACCGGCCUGGAGCCCCUCGACGUGACCGCGCUCGGCACGGCGGCGUGGGACGCGUCGCGGUACACGCGCGAGGAGCUCGCGUGGUACGUGAUGGCCAUCUUCGAGGCCGUCGGGCUGCUCUCCAGCGGCCUGAUCCCGCACGAGAAGCUGUGGCGGCUUGUGCAGGAGCUGCUGCGGCGGUACCAGGACGUGCCGUACCACGGGUGCCAGCACGCGGUGGACGUGACGCACUCGGUCGCGAUGUACAUCCUGCGGACGGAGGCGCAGCUCGCGCUCACGGAGGUGGAGGUCGCGGCGCUGAUGCUGGCGGCGCUGGCGCACGACGUGGGGCACCCGGGCGUGAACAACGCGUUCCUCGCGGCCACGCGCGACCCGAUCGCGCUGCGGUACAACGACCAGUCGAUCCUGGAGAACAUGCACGCGGCCACGCUGUUCGAGGUGAUGCAAGACACCGACCUGGACGUGUUCGGCAACUUCUCGCGGGACCAGUGGGACGAGGCGCGGUCGCUGAUCUGCGCGUCGAUCAUGCACACGGACAUGAAGCACCACUUCGCCAUGACCGCGCAGCUCGAGCAGAUCGCGGCGGAGAACGACAUCAGCCCCCUGGAGCCCACCACGGCCUUCCCCGCCGCGGACCGCGCCGCGAUCCUGCGCGCGAUAUUGCACCUCGCGGAUCUCUCGAACCCGCUGAAGCCCGCGGAGCUCGCGGAGAAGUGGGCGCAGCGCGUCACGCAGGAAUUCUGGCGGCAGGGCGAUCGCGAGAAGGAGAUGGGGCUGCAGGUGGCGGCGAUGAUGGACCGCGACAAGACAGUGCUGUCGCAGACGCAGAUAUCGUUCAUCGACUUCAUCGUCACGCCGUUCUUCCUCGCCAUCGUCAGCCUGCUCCCGGACCUGGAUCUGGAGGCGGUGAACUUGUUGCAGAACCGCGUGGCGUGGCAGAAGAGGUACGCGGAGCACCUGGAGAAGGACGCGUCGCGGCACAAGAGCGAGCGCGCGCAGGAGCUCGUGCAGUGCGAGCAGCGGCUCCUGCGCCUGCGGCAGGCGGUCGGGGCGCUGCAGGAGGCGCACCGGGCGCGGCGGACGUUCAGCGCGAACCUGGACGCGGGCGGGAGCGGGCCGGCGGGCAGCGGGAAGGCUCGGGUGGGGCGGUUCAGCUCGCACCAGGCGUUCUACCGGAGGAAGGCGAGCAGCCUGUUCCACCACAUGAUGCAGCGCAACAGCAUGAAGGCCCAAACACCGCCGCCCACGCCCACGCCCGGCGUCACCGUCGCGGGCUCCGCGCGGCUGUCCAUCGGCCAGUACCGACGAGGUUCAGCGCAGGGGCUGCAGGCCGUCGGCUCCCGCCAGGGCCUGGUCACCGUGACGGAGGAGGAGCCGGAGCCCAGCGGGCCGGGGGCGACGCCGGUCCCCGCACGGCGCGACCGCAAGAACAGCCCUGGGGUGUGA